CAGAAUUUUCUGUCAUCCUCAGAAAAUAUUUUGGUUGAAACGGCAGAAAGGAAAGUGUAGAGAGAAACAUGUCGGACGAGGAGCAUCACUUUGAGUCGAAGGCCGAUGCGGGUGCCUCCAAGACUUACCCUCAGCAAGCUGGCACUAUCCGCAAGAAUGGUUACAUAGUCAUCAAAGGCAGGCCUUGCAAGGUCGUUGAAGUCUCCACCUCUAAAACUGGCAAACAUGGGCAUGCCAAAUGUCAUUUUGUGGGAAUCGACAUAUUCACUGGCAAAAAGCUUGAAGAUAUUGUUCCAUCCUCCCACAAUUGUGAUGUGCCUCAUGUUAAUCGUACUGAUUAUCAACUAAUUGACAUCUCUGAAGAUGGUUUCGUUUCUCUCCUGACUGAAAGUGGCAACACCAAAGAUGAUCUGCGGCUUCCUACCGAUGAAAGUCUGCUUGGACAGAUUAAAGGUGGGUUUGAGGAAGGAAAGGAUCUUGUGGUGUCUGUCAUGUCUGCAAUGGGUGAAGAGCAGAUCUGUGCCCUAAAAGACAUCGGUCCUAAGAAUUAAAUAUGUUGCUUAUCGUAGCAUUAUAUUCUAUAGGACACGUCCUAAAUAUUCCUACGACCAUGGUCCCAACUUGUAUUUCAUAAAAAAAUAUAUGUAGCUUUUUUAUGGGAAGAGACUGUUAUGAAACAGAAAUGCUGAUGGGCUCAUGGCACAACUUCCUUAUAUAGAGACCUAAGUUAUACCCUAUUUGUUUUUCUUUUGAUUAUAUUUCACUUUGGUAUCUGUAAAAAUUUUUGACACAUCUUUAGAAUGUAAAGGUUGGUGUUUUCUGAA